AUGGGUUCUAACCAGAGGGGCAGCAUCUAUCAAGUGCUUAAGAUGAAUAAAACUGGGCCCAAGGUAAUGGUUUCACCACAUAAAGGGGCUGAGAUUACUAACACCGCCCCUCAGCGGGGACAUGGGUCCAUUGCUUUCUCAACCCAGCGAAGUCGUGCGGUCUCCGUCAGCCCUUCUACCCAUCAAAGAUCAGAAGCUCGGCAUUCUGCCAUACCCCCUUCAUCAUCAUCAGACUAUCCUCGCUCUACCUCCUUCCAAGUAGGACCCAGCUCCCCUGGAGCACCCAUCCCUAGAGCAACUGAGAGCCGAUCAAAAUCAGAAGCUUACCGCCAUUCCUCUCUUCAGCGAAAGAUCCAGCAAACUCAGACACCAUUUCCCCAUGCUGUUCAGAUGCAGCAGAAUAUUAGUCAACCCAGAGAAGAAGCAACACGAAGAAGGGGUGAGAGCAAGUCAGGGCGUGACAGUAAUGCUUAUCCAUUAGCCUCAGAUGCCAGACCCUUUCGCCACUUGAGUUUUGCAGACCAGAAGGAUAAUGCACAAAUGUUACAAGAAGACCCACCCUCCAAGGUCCUGUACCCACAAGGAGUCAGAGUUCCUCGGCGGCCUAUGGUUUCUCCAAAGGAUAAAGCAGUCCAAACUGAACCCAUCCGAAAGAGUGUGACUUCUUCUGAGAUCAGAUCUACAAGGAGAUCCUUUAGUCCAGAACAGGGCAACAAACACAUCUUUGCAGACUCUCGAACAACCCAGAGGAGGAUCCCUGGCCAAGAGUCUGAAACAGGUCGUCACAGUUCAGUUUAUACAGAACCCAAGACGUUGCAUAGGAACAAGAACUUGGAAUCGUCCCUCACACUCUCUGUCCUUAAAGAUAUAGAUGGUGGACACCAAGUUUCUAUGCAUACAGAGCUUGAGCCUACCCUCAAGCAUUCUGCCUACACUGAACCCAAGCCCUCGCUAAAAGUCUUAGUAUCAUCAGAAGUGGAGUCCAGCAUAAAGACCCCAGUGCGAGGAGAUGGCACAGUUGGCCAUAGAGUCACUAUCAGCUCAGGACCACAGUCAGCACAGGCAGCUCCCCGUGUGACAUCUCGGGCAGGAUCAGAGAGCCCCCAAAGAGCUUCCAUGUUUACUUUUCCCGAGCCUGUCUAUAAGCAGCACACCCAGAGAGCCUCAGAAAGUGUCUCCAUGUCCCCACUACCCAGACUCAAGCAUCCAGAACCUUCCCCAAAUCCAUCUUUUCAUACCAAAGUGGAACUGACCCCUCGGCCCUUACCCCCUCGUUCCAUACCUAAGUAUGGUCCUGAGUCCUCAUGGUGGGCCUUACUCAAUACUGAAGUUGAAAUGCCCCAAAGCCAAUCAACACCACCUGAUUUUGAGGUUGACUCCUCCCCUCUCAUAGACUAUUCAUUGUUCUCUUUUGAAAUGGACUCAAACCCUUGCUGUGAGGAUCUGAUGUUCCAGAGAGAGAAGGCAAGUGCAUCACCACCACCAGCACCAGCGACACCACCACCACCACCACCACCACCACCACCACUACAAUUACUAAAGGAGCCUCCAGGCCGGGCACCAUUGAGGGGAGUGCCACAGGCCCCCAAGCACACCUCCAAACAACCCAUUCAAAGGUUUAGUGCUUUCUUCUUGGAUGUCUCUGAGGAAAUGUACAAUCGUGUCAUCUGGUGGCUAAAAGGUCUGUGCUUUCCCCUCCCAUGGGCCCACUGUGGGGGUCUGGGUGGCUGGAGGACAGUUAGUAGGGUAUCCUCGAUGUAUGCGCAGAGCUAG